AGAAUAAUUAUACCAGACUCCCAAUUGCCGACCAUAUUCGACAGGGCACAAUAGCCUCACAUCUACUUCGCCACUGCUAUAGUCCGACAAUAGCUUGAGGAGCUACAUAUAACUGAUCAACUAUCGACAUUUAUUAUUACUAUUGUCGUUGUUUUCUUCUUUAGUCUUUUUUGAUAUUUACCAAUCCGACGCCGGACGCAAUGGCACAACACGCCUUCAGCCAGUUUGGUGGCGGCCAGAACGCUGGCGGCGCCAACGGCAGUGUCGACCCGAACGAUCUAGCGAUGUCCGGGACAUACGCAGCCUCAUACUCGAACAAUUUCAAUGGAAAUAAUAAUUCCUCCAAUUUCUUCGGCGAUGACGAGUUGCUCGACACCCUCGGUAGCCCGACGGAUCCUAUGUCCAACCAACCCGGUAUGCACAAUCAAGGCCAGGAUUUCGGUGGCAUGAACGAGAUGAACAUGGGUUUUCCGCAUGGCAUGUAUCCAUCACAUCAAGGAAGCCACGGCCUGCCCAUGGAGCAAAACCACAUGAACGGUUAUUCCAACACGCCGGAUGGCGAUCCUAUCCAGAGCCCGUUCGUCCAUAGCUUCAACCAAGCGCAAUUCCAUCAGAUGCAGCAACAACAUCAACAACCAUUUGGAAACUCUCUUCAAUCGCCCAUAUCAUAUUCUGGCUCUCCUUUGACCGGUUCCGAUCCGAACAAUGAAAGUAGUGAUCCCAAUUACCUAAACGCCAAGUCCCGCCCUCAGCUCUCCAACAUGCAGCGCAAAUCAUCGAGUACCCGAAGCCCGCUUACACCCAAGACUGCCGCCAUGUCCACAUUAUCCGUGAACUCCCGGGAACAAUCAGGAUUUGGCGCCCAGCCAAUUCGAACUACCAACGGCCAUCACGAGAAGUCACCUUCGGGCCAAUGGAUACACACUCCCAACAGCCUUUCUUCCUUCCCCGGAUCAGGCUUCUCCUCACCUAUGCAACACGGUAUGCAAAACCCGCAGAUUGCGGAUGUGCUACUUAAGGGCGGCACUUCUAUGCCUACCAAAUUAAAUACGCCACCGAAUGCAGUUUCGUCGCAAGAGAUGAAGAGGAAGCGACGUCGCGAAUCACAUAACCUUGUUGAGCGACGGCGCCGGGACAAUAUCAACGAGAGGAUCCAAGAUCUAAGCAAACUCGUUCCAACGCAUCGAUUGGAAGACGAGAAAAUUAGGAAGCUCAUACAAAAUGGCACGCCAUUAUCUCCUAGCCUAACCGGAAUGUCUCACCCAGCGCAGGCCACCUCGGGAUUAGCCGGUCCAGGCGCAAAGCGAGCUACUGGGGUGGGCAACAUUACCACCGGCCUUCCUCUCGAAGAGAAGGACAAGGGCCCCAACAAGGGGGAUAUCCUCAACGGGGCGGUUAGCUGGACAAGAGACUUGAUGUGGAUGCUGCACCUUAAGCUCCAGCAACAAGAAGAACUUAUCAACACCAUCGUAGAACUCGGUGGCAAUGUCCCACUUGGACUCACGGAUGAUGAGAAGCGAAUGCAAACGGAAUUGAUGGAAGCAAUGGCCAAGAACGGCCCGCAUACCUUUUCAUACUCUCGCUUUGCUGGAUCGGGUCUGCGAGUGCCUCAGCACACCGACUACAGAGGGGACUCCUUGAACGGGUCAGACAGUGCGAUCGCCGCUACCUCCGUGAGCCCCGAUGGUCGAGAUGGCGUAGAUCUUGCAGCGGAUAUGGGCGAUGCCGGCCAGUUCUGGAAUGAUCCGGAUGAUGACGACAGCGGCCCCGCGUCGAUUAACUUCAAGGAAGAGGAUGAAUUCGGGAUGGAUCUCUCACACGAUUAGUGAUCUUUGGGCGUUUUAUACCCCUUGCAUCAUCACAGCAUUUUCUGGUGUUAGUCAAGCCUUUGAUUGCUCAUUCGAUUUUUACUCGUUUGGUCAUUGAGCAUCAUCGCCAUCAUCACAUUUGAGUUCGGGUCUUCGGGCAUUUUAGUCAGGGAAAGGAUUCACUACUGCAUAUGGCGGCCGUUUUGGGUGGAAUGGACUGGCGUUCUAUCUUACAUACCCCACGAGACGGUGGGAAACCGGCUCGGGGCAGCCGGGGGUGGUCUAUCAUUUUCAUGGGUUUUGUGUCCGGGACAUCCGGAACAAUGGAAGGCUCUUUCGCUUGUUUCUUACACACCUUUCCCAUGUCGUUUCACAUUGUCUUGUCUCUUUUUUCUAUGUUCCUUUAGCAUCAAUCAUCUACGGGCUGGGUCUGAUUUUCCUUCCAAUGAUACCUCGAGGGCUGCGGAGUUGGGGGAGGGAGGAACCAUGUUUCCGAAAUUGCAUUCCUUUUCUUUUCCUUUUUUUUUUUUUUUUUUUUUUUU